UGCAACAUCUUCCCAGAAGUCUCCUUUUCCGUCGCCAUGGCUGAGAAGCUUGGACCAGCAGGGCUUAAGCCCACCAACGUCCGAACUGCUCCCCCACUGCCCCCUGAGCCCAUCGACAUCAUCCGCACCAAAGCCCGCUCCCGCAGGGUCCGCCUCAACGUCGGGGGACUGAACCACGAGGUCCUGUGGCGGACCCUGGACCGGCUACCCCGGACGCGGCUCGGCAAGCUUCGAGAGUGCAACACCCACGAGUCUCUGAUGGAAGUGUGCGACGACUACAGCCUGAAUGAGAAUGAAUACUUCUUCGAUCGGCACCCGGGGGCCUUCACCUCCAUUCUGAACUUUUACCGCACAGGCAAGUUACACAUGAUGGAGGAGAUGUGUGCGCUUUCAUUUGGCCAGGAGUUAGACUACUGGGGGAUUGAUGAGAUCUACCUUGAGUCCUGCUGCCAGGCCCGUUACCACCAGAAAAAAGAGCAGAUGAAUGAGGAGCUGCGAAGGGAGGCAGAGACAAUGAGAGAGAGGGAGGGAGAGGGAGAGUUUGAUAACACCUGCUGCCCAGACAAGAGAAAGAAACUGUGGGAUCUCCUGGAGAAGCCCAGCUCCUCGGUGGCUGCCAAGAUUCUCGCCAUCAUAUCAAUUCUGUUCAUCGUGCUCUCCACCAUCGCCCUGUCUCUGAACACCUUACCUGAGCUCCAGGUCAUAGACGAGUUCGGCCAGGCCAACGACAACCCCCAGCUGGCCCAUGUGGAGGCCGUGUGUAUUGCCUGGUUCACCAUGGAAUACCUCCUCCGCUUCCUGUCGUCUCCUAAUAAAUGGAAGUUCUUCAAAGGUCCUCUGAAUGUCAUUGACUUGCUGGCCAUUCUUCCCUACUAUGUCACCAUAUUCCUAACGGAGUCCAACAAGAGUGUGCUGCAGUUCCAAAAUGUGCGCCGUGUGGUGCAGAUUUUCAGAAUCAUGAGAAUAUUGAGGAUCCUGAAGUUGGCCCGGCACUCCACAGGACUCCAGUCUCUAGGAUUUACUUUGAGAAGGAGCUACAAUGAACUGGGACUGCUUAUUUUAUUUCUCGCCAUGGGCAUCAUGAUAUUUUCCAGCUUGGUCUUCUUUGCUGAGAAAGAUGAAGAUGCCACCAAGUUCACCAGUAUCCCUGCGUCGUUCUGGUGGGCCACCAUUACAAUGACUACAGUGGGAUAUGGUGACAUUUAUCCACAGACUUUACUUGGAAAGAUUGUGGGUGGACUGUGCUGCAUUGCUGGAGUGCUGGUUAUUGCUCUACCUAUCCCCAUCAUUGUAAACAACUUCUCGGAGUUCUAUAAGGAGCAGAAGAGGCAGGAGAAAGCCAUCAAGAGGAGGGAGGCACUGGAGAGAGCCAAGAGGAAUGGCAGCAUUGUGUCAAUGAACCUAAAGGAUGCCUUUGCUCGCAGUAUGGAACUGAUGGAUGUGGUGGUAGAGAAAGGAGACGACCCCUCCCUUGACAACCACCUGUCGCCUAACCGCUGGGGCAGUUCAACCAGGCACUCCACCUCUGAAACCAAUCUGAAAUCACCAGAGAAAGGAAACCCAGAGUUGCAGGGCUCACCCCAUCGUAUAACCAUCACCACCACUGGGAGUCCACAGCGGACGAGCCGUACCCCACAACACCUUAAUGUUCAGAAACUGGAGGAGAUGUACAACCAGAUGACCAAGUCACAGUCCUUCACCAAUCUCAACACCACAAGCUCCCUGAGCACUCUCAGCACAACUAUGACCGCGCCUGCCUCCCCGAAGAAAUCCUACAGCCCUGAACUGACGUUAAAAGAGGAGGUGGAGCUGGAGAUGAAGGAAGUCGAGAACUCCUCAGCGAAUAACUUUGCCGGCUGUUCAGCGGACUUCAGAAAACAGAGCUCCAACUCAGGUGAGAAGGAUGCUGGGCCAUGUUCGAUCAGACACGCCAGAGCCCCACCCCCUCUGGAUCUUAGCCAACUGAGGGCCAGCGGUGACCAGAGCUCUCCUGGCAUCAUCCUCAAAGAUGGCCUCUAUCAGUCUGUCAACCCAGGUGAUGGAUCAGUGCUGCAUAUAGAAGAAGGGCAGAGCUUUAACAGCACAGUGGAGCAUAUCCAGAGCUCAAUAAGAGGGAAUAACCCUCUCAAAAUAAAAGGGUUGAAGGUCAACCUCGAUAAAACCUCUGCUGAAGGUCCUCUGACACCACCCAGCACUACCUCUCCUGGAGACAUCAGCUCCAGCAUCCUGGAAGAUGAAUCCCCGGAGGGAGAGACGUCACCGCUCAUCCCCAGUUCAGAGGAACUGCUCCCAGUCACAGUGGAAGACACCUGCCCACUGUCCCCAAAGAGGCUGGUGGUUGACACCCCACCUGGUGAUGAAGAUCAAUCGACAGAGAACCACGAGGAGAAGCAUCUGAUGGAGGUGGCGGGUGCCGCGGUCGCACCCUUGUCACCCAAGACAGCAGCACAAAAUUGCACCCAAGGUGUGGUUGGGGCAGGCGAGGAGGUUAAGGCCGACAGCAACCAAAGUGGACACAAAGUAGAGAACCACAUGUUUACAUCCGAUAUCCACCUGAUACCUGGGGACGGCAGCCUCUCUCCGACCUGUGAAACCAGCAUGUGAAUGUAAGGGAAGCUUUGAGGGACAAUAGACCUACUACAACCUCAGCCUGGUGUGUGGAGGGAGCAGGAAGAAAAGUCAAGGGUGCAGUUGUAGUGAAAGAUAUUUUUGCAUGGCAUGACAAGUCUCUUUUACUUGUGUUGUUGUGUAUUCCUGAAAAAGAAACUGCAGUACUUUGUGCAGAUUUGAGAAUGACUUCGGAGCAAUCGGUGGGUUCAAAGAGGAGGCUCUCGAAAAAAGAAAAAAAAACUCAUGUAGACACAGGUCCUCCCAAUGUACAUAAUGACAGUCUCCUUUUUUUAGCAAAAGAAGGAAAUGCACAGAGGGACUUAUGUGUAAAAAGCAUGCAUUUAAAAAAGACAGAUAUUUUACGGUGCUUAGUUUGCUGAAAGCGCUUCACUGUAAAUAGAACUAAGGCAAUGACAAUGCACAGGAUGGCAAUGGAAGACUGUCACUGAAGGUACAAAUAUUUGCAAUGUGAAAAAGGGAGGGGUUUGAACCGACAGCCCUCAGACCGGGUGUUGCAUCGUAGCGAAAAAAAAACAUAUCAUUACCUUUUGUGGAAAUGCAAAGUGUUCCCAUGACGACCCUGUAAUGUUUUUAUUUUGUUUGUUUGUUUUUUUUCUUGUGAAAAUAUGGUGUACGAAACUGUAACGUUGACAUUAUUGCUUUUUGGUUUGUUCAUAACAGCAGUCGAACUUUCAGUUUGAGCAUCCGAUAUUCAAUCGUUGAAUUGAUGAACGUGGGCAAGAAGGACAAAUACACCUUGGUUCCUCUCAAGUGCACACACACCUGUAGUUGCCAAAUAUUUAUGUAACCAGUAAGAACAGGGACUAUCAGAUCUUACAGCUUUUGAACAUAUUUAUCAUGCAGUUUCAGAAGUUAGGACAAGGUUUAGGAUGUGUAACUCCUUGUUCAGCCUUUUGAUUCCGUUCAAAUCACAGGAAAGAACCUUAUUUACUCUCUG